AUGUGCCGCGAGUCUUGCAGUUUUAAAGAAUGGGCAUUUAUAAGGAGUGUGGCAAGCUGGCCAUCAACGAAAUCUGAGGAGUGGACAUUGCGGAUUCUGUCCUGGGAACUUGGAAACAAACUCAAUAAAAACCUGACAAAAUUCAACCUGGCAAAUUUAGGCAUAUAUUACCAAGACCUAAACCUCAGAACGAUAGCUGAGAGCCCUUCUUCCAGUCUUCCUAAUCUACUGGCCAACUUUGGAGGUCAGCUGGGCCUGUGGAUGAGUUGCUCUAUGGUCUGCGUCCUAGAGAUUGCAGAAAUUUUCCUCAUUGACUCCUUCUGGGUGGUCUUGCGUCAGAAAUGGCACAAAUUCAUCAGAUGGUGGAAGAAUCGCAAGGGAAAAACAGAGCAAUCCCCUGGCCAACCAACUCCAGUCAUAGCUGGUCAUGACAACCCUUGCCUAACAGAUGAAGACCCACCUACCUUUAACACAGCUCUACAACUGCCUCAAGCCCAGCACUGCCAAGUACCAAGAACACCACCACCCUUAUAUAGGUCUCUACAGCUAGACUCAGCAUUCAAUGAGCUGAGGGAAGAAGACGUGUCUAUAGAACAUAUGUAA